GGCUGUGAUGUGAAAGUGUAGUGUAGUCUGCUGUUGUGUUUAUCUGUGUCAGUGUGUGUGGAAUAUAUUCUAGUUUCUAUUCCAAUAACAUGGUUUGAUGUUGGAUUAUAAUAAAAAUACAAGGUCUGAUUUGUGGCUGAAAGUGAAAGUGGUCUAGAUGUAUUUUGAAAGCCUUGGGCGAUAUUUUUUAAAAAUACCUUUGACUUGUAAACGUGUCAAUUUCCAAUACGUUGCCAGCCAUAUUCUUGCCAUUCUUGACUUUGUUGUUCCUGAAAACGGUUGAAUUAUUUGUGUAAUAUUUGUUUUUGGGAUCAAAUAUCAUGGGUGACGAUGUGUGUACUUUUGAAUACAGCUACAAGCCUGAGCUGCUGAAGACACUUGAUAUUUCAAAGUACAAAUCCAAGUUUUCACUUGAUGUUGGGCCAAAUAUUGUUCCGGAUCAUCUUCUCAUUCGACCUAUGAGAAAAUGUGACUUCGAACAUGGUUACUUGGAGCUUUUGAGUAAACUGACAACUGUUGGGGAUGUAUCAGUGAAGCAAUUCAAUGAUCAGUUCGACAAGAUAAAGGCGUGUCCCAAUACCUAUUACAUCACCGUUAUUCAGGAUAGGGAGACAUGGGAUGUGGUUGGAACGGGCACUUUGCUCAUAGAACACAAAUUCAUCCAUAGUUGUGCAGCUAGAGGAAGAAUCGAAGAUAUUGUGAUAAUGGAAAAGUACCGAGGGCUCAAGCUGGGACAAUUGUUGAUAGCAACACUGUCAAUCCUGGCUGAAAAAUUGGGCUGCUACAAAGUUAGUUUGGACUGCAAAGACGCCAUGAUCCCAUAUUACUCGAAAUUGAAUUUCGUUCAAGAACCCAACAACGCUAACUUCUUGCAAAUGAGGUUGAAAAACUAGUGGAAGGUAUAAAAUAUAUACACAAAAUUGAUAAAAAUUGUUUCUUU